AUGGCUUCUGAUGGUAAAACGAGCUCAAAAUUUCAUCCCGUUAGCAAAGGUCGACCAUCAUCAACAUCAAACAGCAACAGGAGGAUGGAUUCAAUGAGCAAAGCCACUGCACAAUAUACAGUUGAUGCAAGGUUACAUGCCGUUUUUGAACAAUCUGGUGGUUCUGGUAAGUCUUUUGAUUACUCGCAAUCACUCAAAACCACAACCCAAUCCAUCCCUGAACAACAAAUUACUGCUUAUUUGUCGAGAAUUCAAAGAGGAGGUCACAUUCAACCCUUUGGUUGCAUGAUUGCAAUCGAUGAUUCCACUUUUAAAGUCAUCGCGUUUAGCGAAAAUGCUCGAGAACGAUUAGGUUUGGCUCCACAAUCUGUUCCGAGCAUCGAAAAACCCGAAAUCUUAACCAUUGGAACCGACGUCAAAACCCUUUUCACCCCUUCCAGUUCUUCGUUGCUGGAAAGGGCUUUUCGAGCUCGAGAAAUCACGCUUCUCAACCCUGUUUGGGUUCACUCGAGGAAUUCGGGGAAACCCUUUUACGCGAUUUUGCAUAGGAUUGAUGUAGGUAUUGUUAUUGAUUUGGAGCCCGCAAGAAUGGAAGAUCCGGCGUUGUCAAUAGCCGGCGCCGUACAGUCUCAGAAGCUCGCCGUUCGGGCGAUUUCCAACUUGCAGGCACUCCCCGGCGGUGAUGUUAAGCUUUUGUGUGACACGGUGGUGCAGAAUGUGAGGGAGCUCACGGGUUACGAUCGGGUUAUGGUGUAUAAAUUUCAUGAAGAUGAGCAUGGUGAAGUUGUGGCUGAAAGCAGAAGGGAAGAUUUAGAUCCUUAUAUUGGUUUACAUUAUCCGGCCACGGACAUCCCUCAAGCUUCGAGAUUUUUGUUCCGGCAAAACCGUGUUCGGAUGAUUGUCGACUGUCAUACGACCCCGGUUCGUGUGAUCCAAGACGACGCCUUGAUGCAACCACUGAGCUUGGUGGGUUCAACCCUUCGAGCCCCUCACGGUUGCCAUGCUCAGUAUAUGGCUAACAUGGGCUCGAUCGCUUCAUUAGCUAUGGCGGUUAUCAUCAAUGGAUUGGAUGAUGAAAAUGUAGGCGGUCGAGCUUCGAUGAGACUAUGGGGGUUAGUUGUUUGUCAUCAUACAUCCGCUCGAUGCAUUCCUUUCCCUCUUCGUUAUGCUUGUGAAUUCUUGAUGCAAGCAUUCGGGCUCCAACUAAAUAUGGAACUACAAUUAGCAUCUCAAAUGUCCGAAAAACACAUUUUAAGAACACAGACUUUAUUGUGCGAUAUGCUUCUUCGCGAUUCGCCAACGGGUAUUGUGACUCAAACUCCGAGCAUCAUGGAUCUCGUGAAAUGCGAUGGGGCCGCGCUUUACAAUCAAGGAAAAUACUACCCAUUAGGUGUCACACCAACCGAAUCCCAAAUCAAAGAUAUCGUGGAAUGGCUAUCAGCAUGCCAUCGAGAUUCAACCGGUUUGAGCACCGAUAGUUUGGCCGAUGCCGGUUAUCCAGGAGUCGCUUCACUCGGGGAUGCGGUUUGCGGGAUGGCGGUGGCUUAUAUUACUUCCAACGAUAUCUUAUUUUGGUUUCGAUCGAAUACAGCAAAAGAGAUCAAAUGGGGUGGAGCUAAGCAUCAUCCAGAAGAUAAAGACGAUGGGCAAAGAAUGCAUCCACGAUCAUCGUUUAAUGCGUUUUUAGAAGUGGUGAAAAGCAGGAGUUUGCCAUGGGAGAAUGCAGAAAUGGAUGCGAUUCAUUCUUUACAGCUUAUUUUGCGAGAUUCGUUUAAAGACGUUGAGGAAAAUAACAAUUCAAAGGCUGUUGUGAAAGCUCAGAGUGAAGAUAUGGAUUUGCAAGGUGUGGAUGAACUUAGUUCGGUUGCUCGAGAAAUGGUUCGGUUGAUCGAGACGGCAACUGCGCCGAUAUUUGCGGUUGAUGUUGGCGGACGAAUAAACGGAUGGAAUGCAAAGGUUGCGGAAUUGACGGGUUUGUCGGUCGAGAAAGCGGUCGGGAAAUCGUUGGUUCAAGAUCUUGUCUAUGAGGAAGCCGAAGAAACCGUUGCCAAACUUUUGUAUCGCGCCUUAAGAGGUGAAGAAGAUAAAAAUGUGGAGAUCAAACUGAGGACAUUCAAUUCAGCAAUGGAAGAAACUCCAGUUUUUCUGGUGGUUAACGCUUGUUCUAGCCGGGACUACACCGAUAACAUAGUCGGAGUUUGUUUCGUUGGUCAAGAUGUUACCGGACAAAAGGUCGUAAUGGACAAAUUCAUCCAAAUUCAAGGUGAUUACAAGGCCAUUAUUCAUAGCCCGAGCGCUCUAAUCCCCCCGAUCUUUGCAUCCGAUGAGAACACCUGUUGCUCUGAGUGGAACACGGCCAUGGAGAAGCUCACGGGAUGGAGCCGAGGAGACAUCAUCGGGAAAAUGUUGGUGGGCGAGAUUUUCGGAAGUUUUUGUCGUCUCAAGGGUCCCGAUUCGUUGACAAAAUUUAUGAUCAUUUUACAUAAUGCAAUAGGAGGCCAAGACACGGAUAAAUACCCUUUUUCGUUCUUUGACAAAAACGGGAAAUUUGUGCAAGUUCUAUUGACCGCAAAUAAAAGGCUGAAUAUGGCUGGAAAAGUUAUCGGAGCUUUCUGCUUCUUGCAAAUCGCGAGUCUGGAGUUGCAACAAGUUCUGAAACUACAAAUGCAACAGGAAAAGAAAUGUUACGCAAGGAUGAAGGAGUUGACGUAUAUUUGUCACGAGAUCAAGAAUCCGUUGCGUGGCAUCCGUUUUGCGAAUUCUCUUUUGGAAGCAUCUGAUUUAAACGAAGAUCAGAAGCAAUUGCUUGAGACUUGUGCUGCUUGCGAGAAACAAAUGUUCAAGAUCAUAAAGGACGUCGAUAAGGAAAACAUCGAAGAAGGGUCUUUGGAGCUCGAGAAACAUGAAUUUCUGCUAGGGAGUGUGAUCGAUGUUGUAGUGAGCCAAGUAAUGUUACUGGUGCGGGAUCGAGGUGUGCAACUGAUCCGUGAUAUACCGGAGGAAGUCAAGACGCUGACUGUUUACGGUGAUCAAGCUAGGGUUCAACAGGUCUUGACCAACUUCUUGUUGAAUAUGGUGCGCCAUUCGCCAUCACCCGGUGGUUGGGUGGAAAUUCAGUUUCGUCCGAGCCUCAAACAGACUUCAGAUGGAAAGAAUGUCGUGCAUGUUGCAUUUAGGAUCAUGUCUCCUGGUGAAGGUCUUCCACCGGAACUGGUUCAGGACAUGUUUAAUAGCAGCCAGUGGUCGAGUGAAGAAGGUUUAGGGCUAAGUAUGUGUCGCAAAAUUCUAACUCUUAUGAAUGGUGAGGUCCAAUAUAUCAGAGAAUCAGAAAGAUGUUAUUUCUUCGUCGUUCUUGAACUUCCUCCCCGAUCAAAAACUGUUGACUAGAUCAACAAAGUCAGACUUGAUGAUUUUGAUCAAAUAACAAAUCACCAUUUGGGGAAUUAAGCUACGUAUUUGGAGUUUUCGACUGUUUUUUGAGACGGGUUUAUCAUGCUGAAGCAUCUAUCGAGCAGUUUUCAUGGCUCCAUAUAUGGCUGCAAGCGGCAUUUUUUGAACUUUGAACAGAAGGAAGUUCACGAGUAGCGUUCUUUUGAUCCCUCCAUCAACUCUCAAGUACUGUUUUGUAUGUAAUAAACGUGUGAUUC